AUGGACAACGCGUUCGAGUUCAUCAUCAACAACGGCGGCCUCGCCACCGAGACCAAGUACCCUUACCAGGCCACCGACGGCACCUGCAGCAAGCAGAAAUCCUCCCCCUCCGCCGCCGCCAUCAGUGGGUACGAGGACGUGCCUGCUGACGAUGAGGCGGCGCUCCGCAAGGCCGUGGCCCACCAGCCGGUGUCUGUGGCGAUAGAGGCCAGCGGAUCGGCCUUCCAGUUCUACAACGGCGGCGUCUUCACGGGGGAAUGCGGAACUGAUCUCGACCACGGCGUCACAGCGGUGGGCUACGGCGCGACGAGCGAUGGCAGCAAGUACUGGCUGGUGAAGAAUUCUUGGGGUGCCGAUUGGGGGGAGAACGGCUACAUAAGGAUGGAAAGGGACGUGGAUGCUAAGGAAGGGCUGUGUGGUAUCGCCAUGCAAGCUUCCUACCCAACUGCUUGA